CCUCACACAGCAGACAUGGCGGAGUACAGCCAGGCGGGCCUCCUGGCGGCUCUGCUCCUCUUCACGGCCCUCACGCUCCGGGACGUCUACCUGGGCAGGUCCACCCCCCAGCAGCACGGCCCGCAGCCGGCCGGCGGCCCCGGCCUCUCCCCGGACAGCCUGCCCGACACGGAGCCCGGGAACCCGGCCAAGCCGUCCCUGUACACCGGGCCGCUGCUCAAGUUCCAGUACUGUAUCUCCUGAGGGUACAGUAAGGUGUUCCAGGAGUACUCCAGAGCCAUCAGCCAGCUGUACCCGGACAUCCGCAUCCAGGGGGAGAACUACCCCCCCUCCCCCUUCAACAGGUGUGUGGGUCACCUGAUCUCCUACCUGAAGCUGGUGGCGAUCCUGCUGGUGGUCAGCGGGCAGAACCCAUUCGCUCUGGUCGCCAUGGAGACGCCGCGGUUCUGGACCUGGAGCCAGGACAACAAGAUCUUCUCGUGUCUGAUGGCGUUCUUCCUCUGCAACAUGAUGGAGACGCACUUCCUGUCCACCGGCGCCUUCGAGGUCACCCUGAAUGACGUCCCCGUGUGGUCGAAGCUUCAGUCCGGUUAUGUACCGAACAUCCAGGAGAUCUUCCAGAUCCUCGACACUCACCUGAAGAUGAACCAGGUGGAUCCAACCAGCUUCACCUAGACAGCCGUGGUGCGUUCAGGUGUCCCUGUGUGAGGUCGUUCAGCGUGGCGUUCAUGAAGGCUGGGUCUUAAAGCGCCCUGCGGGCCCAGCCGGACGCCCCCGCCACGCAGCCAGCGCUCCCUCUGCGCCGGGUCACAGCUCAGCACUACACUUCCCAUGAUGCACCUGUGGGCUGUACCAUUUUAUUUAUUUAGCUGUUAGCGGUACCACUGUUAGCUUCAUGCUAAUUAGCCUCCGUCUGGACAGGAAGUACCUGACAGGAAACUGUGACGAAACAAUAAAGUCUGUUUAUAAAC